UAGCUUCCUUUAUGCAUAUUUCAAGUCGCUAUUCUAUUCGGCGACGAUUGAUGAGCUCGAACCCCUGCCUAUUGUGCCCACUUUGAAAAUAUCUUCUCUUUCUUUACCUAUUUCUCGUUCUGUGUCGUCACGGCCUAAGAAACUAAACCGAGAAAUCGAAAAUCGUCGGACCCGAUCUUUGAUUGGGUUGUCAUCCCCAUUUCUGGGCAAUCGUAAUUUCUUUGUCUGCAAAAAGUUGGUGUUUUUAUCGUCACCCAUACAGAGAAUGUACGUGAAAGCGGUACCACCGACGGAUUUGAAUAGGAACACCGAGUGGUUCACGUAUCCCGGGGUUUGGACUACCUAUAUCCUCAUGGUUUUCAUGUCUUGGCUUAUUGUUCUUUCCAUCUUUGGCUGCUCUCCUGGCAUGGCCUGGACCAUUGUCCACCUUUCUCAUUUCCUUAUUACCUAUCAUUUCUUUCACUGGAAGAAAGGAACUCCAUUUGCUGAUGACCAGGGCAUUUACAAUGGGUUAACUUGGUGGGAGCAAAUAGAAAAUGGCAAGCAACUGACUCGCAAUAGGAAGUUUUUGACUGUUGUACCUGUAGUGCUGUACUUAAUAGCCUCGCACACAACAGACUAUCAAAACCCAAUGCUGUUCUGCAACACAUUGGCAGUAUUCAUUUUGGUGGUAGCUAAGUUCCCUCACAUGCACAAGGUUCGCAUAUUCGGAAUCAAUGCUGAUCACUAAACUGCUAAAAGUUUUCAUGCUCAACUUAAACAUAGAUAGAUCCAACUUUUGUUUUGCAUUCUGUGAUGAUGAUGAUAUCAUCCUUCCACAGAUACUGAACCGUGAGGGAUCAUCAUUAUUUGUUUACAAUCAAGCUAAGAUAUGUGUACGUCCCUCGGCUACAUGUAGGGAGAAAAAUGGUCACUAUAAUUUCCCUUUUACCUGUUUGUUAUUUAUUUUCUUUUUCCCA